GAGGACUCUAAGAGGGUUAUUCGCCAUUGUUAUGAAGAUAAAUGAGUGAGAUCGGCGAGGGAGGUGGAUACAAGGAAGUGGAAUAUAAAUGGGUACAUAUAUAAUAACAGAAUUGUAGAGAAUCGUGGAGAAGGACGAGGGCAAUGGAAAUGGAAAUGGAAAGAAGAAUUGCGGCAAUCGAGGACAUGGAUAACUGUCAACAGAUCAUAUGUAGCCAUGCAAGAUGCGAUUAUGGGCAUUUUAUCAAGCACAAAAAUGACGUUUUUGCUACAUUUUUCUAUACUCCUUUUAAAAAUAAUGUUCCAUUAUAAUUUCUAUUUAUUUAUAAAUUUGUUUCGAAACAAUCAAUUUCAUGAAAAUAUAUGUUUUAUUCAUGACACGAAAAGUAAAAUAGGGUUAGGAUUGAAAAAAAAGAUCAUAAAUAAAAUAGCAAGAAGGUGGAGACAAGAAGGAUGAAAGGAAGAAAAUGGCAACACACAUAAUACACAUAAUACAUACAUAUAUAUAUAUAUAUUAGUGCUGAGUGUAGAAGGAUAAAGAUUAUUUAUGGAUGUGAAAUCCCACUUCGGUUGAAGAUACGAGAAUUGAAACUGUGAGAUUGACGACAAUACGUAAUGGGUCAAAAUGAAUAAUAUCUAUUAGUGAUGGGGUAAGACAGUUAUGAAAAUGGCUGGAUGAAUCGGUGGAGGUGGGAGUCCAUCAAACAAUUGAAAGUUUCUCUUGAGGCUGAGUUUGCGGUUCUUGGGAGUGUGUGUGUGGGUGGGGGGCUAGAUGUCAUGCAUAUUGGGUGUGGAUGGUAAGUUGGGAUUUGGUUUUAUGGUUCAUCUCACCAACUUCUCUCCAAGAAAAAGUGGGCAAUGCCCCAUUUAAGUUCUCCCAACUCUCUGAUUUGAUUCAUUCAGGUCUUUACACACACCCUAUACUCUUCUUGUUUAAGCUCCCAAGUAUGUCAAAAACGAGUUGUGAGGGGUCAGCUAUGCUCCAUCAUGAACGGGCAAGGCGCGCUCCAACGCCUGGGAAGGCAGCCAUCCUUGCAAUAGGCAAGGCAUUUCCUAGCCAACUUGUUCCUCAAGAAUGCUUGGUGGAGGGCUACAUUCGUGAUACAAAAUGCGUCGAUGCAACUGUGAAGGAAAAAUUGGAGCGUUUAUGCAAAACGACCACUGUGAAGACGAGAUACACUGUCAUGUGCAAAGAGAUCUUGGAUAAGUAUCCCGAGCUCGUAACAGAGGGCUCACCCACCAUUCGACAGAGGUUGGAAAUUGCUAACCCUGCAGUUGUUGAGAUGGCCACUGAAGCUAGCAAAGCCUGCAUUAAGGAAUGGGGGAGGCCUGUUGAAGAUAUCACCCACAUUGUCUAUGUUUCUUCUAGUGAAAUCCGCUUGCCCGGUGGGGAUCUUUACAUUGCCAGUCGGCUUGGUUUGAAGAACGAUGUUGGUCGGGUGAUGCUGUAUUUUCUAGGCUGUUAUGGUGGUGUCACUGGCCUCAGGGUUGCCAAAGACCUAGCAGAAAACAACCCAGGAAGUCGCAUUUUGUUGACGACGUCUGAGACUACAAUACUCGGAUUUCGUCCCCCAAACAAUGCACGCCCAUAUGACCUCGUUGGGGCGGCACUUUUUGGAGAUGGAGCUGCAGCUGUGAUCAUUGGAGCAGACCCUGUGGCGGGGCAAGAGUCUCCUUUCAUGGAGCUGAACUAUGCCAUCCAGCAAUUCUUGCCAGACACCCACUAUGUGAUCGACGGCAGGCUUUCUGAGGAGGGUAUAAAUUUCAAACUUGGCAGAGACCUUCCCCAGAGAAUAGACGACAACAUAGAGGGCUUCUGCAGAAAGCUGAUGGGAAAGGGAAAACUGGUGGAUUUUAACGAGUUGUUCUGGGCAGUCCAUCCUGGUGGCCCAGCAAUUCUGAAUAAACUAGAGAGAACUCUGAGGUUGAAAAGCGAGAAGCUGGAAUGCAGCAGAAAGGCAUUGAUGGAGUAUGGGAAUGUUAGCAGCAACACCAUCUUCUAUGUGAUUGAGAAGAUGAGGGAGAAGCUGAAGAGGGAGGACGGGGAAGAAUGGGGACUGGCGUUGGCAUUUGGACCGGGCAUUACCUUCGAAGGCAUUCUCAUUCGUAGCCUCUGAUGGCUGUGUAGCCCCCCGCCGCGCCGGAUGCUUUGUGAUCUGGAGAAACCCACGGAAAACAAAAUGCGCUUCUUUUUAACUUUACUGCAACUGAAAACGCGUUUAGCUUUGGAUUAAAAAACGUUCAUUCUGAAUUUGAAAACUAUGUUGGAUCGUGAA